GACAUACAUACACACGCCGGAAGUGGUUUUACGGCAAAGAGCGGUGUUUUCAUUUUGCCUCGAAUAGCUUUGUUCAUUUUAAUAGCAAUAAAACAUUCAGUGCACAACAACGUAGGUUUUCUAAAGUGCAUAUACGUUCAUCAUCUACGAAAAGCAUGUCAGUUGUUCCUCCGAAUCGCUCGUCUACCGGCUGGCCGCGCGGAGUUAAUCAAUUCGGAAACAAAUACAUUAGCCCACCGGCUAAACCGCUCACCCUGGAGAGGACCAUCAACCUAUAUCCUCUGACCAAUUACACGUUUGGCACGAAAGAGCCUCUGUAUGAAAAGGACAGUUCGGUGGCCGCCAGGUUUCAGCGCAUGAGAGAGGAGUUUGAAAAGAUCGGGAUGAGGCGCACGGUGGAGGGAGUGCUGAUUGUACACGAACACAGACUGCCUCAUGUCCUGCUGCUGCAGCUCGGAACCACAUUCUUCAAACUGCCUGGUGGAGAAUUAAACCCAGGAGAGGAUGAGGUGGAGGGCUUGAAGCGGCUGAUGACAGAGAUCUUGGGGCGUCAGGACGGUGUGAAGCAGGACUGGGUGAUUGAUGACUGCAUUGGAAACUGGUGGAGGCCGAAUUUUGAACCACCACAGUACCCCUACAUUCCAGCACACAUCACUAAGCCCAAAGAACAUAAGAAGCUAUUCUUAGUGCAGUUACAAGAGAAAGCAUUGUUUGCCGUACCAAAAAACUACAAGUUGGUGGCAGCCCCCUUGUUCGAGCUUUACGACAAUGCUCCUGGAUACGGGCCCAUUAUAUCCAGCCUCCCUCAGUUACUCAGCAGGUUUAACUUCAUCUACAACUGAUGGGCGCACAGCUCACAAGGCUGUCUCUGUGAGUGCAGUCACAACAUGAGAGAAAAUAAACGAACUGGGGAUGAGAGCUACUUUCUCUGAAAUGGAACCAGAGGAGAAUUGGCUAUUUUCCAAUGCUGUUUUGAAAUUUCAUGUACUUGUACUGUGUUUUUUGUUUAUUUCGGGUUGGUCUUCUUCACAACUGCAUUGCAAUUUUAGAGUUUAGUAUUAAAUUACUUAUUCAUUUACCUAAAUGCCUCUGUUUUAUGUUAAGUACAGUACAUGCAAUGCCUUUACUAAAUAAAAUGUGAUUCAGGAUUUUUUUUUAACUUCACUUCUUUUUUUUUUUUUUUAUAAUAAACUGCCAUCGUAAGAUUGA